AUGGCCUCACACCACCGCGGCCGCAUCCCCUCCUACCUCGCCACCGCCACGGCCCUCCUCCUUGCCUUCCUCCUCCCGCCGCUGGCCGCUUCCCAGUGGCAGAGCUGCGGCAAGAACAGCAACUUCACUCAGAACAGCACCUACCAGGCUAACAUCCAGGCCCUCUCCACCACCCUUCCCAAGAACGCCUCCUCCUCGCGGACGCUCUUCGCGCUCGCCAGCGUCGGCACUGUUCCGGACAUCGUCUACGCGCUCGCGCUCUGCCGCGGCGACGCCAACGCCUCCGCCUGCGGCGACUGCGUGUCCAACGGCUUCAAGGACGCGCAGCAGCUCUGCCCCUACAGCAAGGACGCCACCGUCUACUACGACCCCUGCUACCUCCGCUUCUCCAACCAGAACUUUCUCUCCGUCACCAACGGCGACAACAGCGUCCUCGUACUGUACAACACGCAGAACGUGACCGUGCCGGUGAAGGUGUUCGACGCCGCCGUGGGCAUGCUCAUAAACGCCACCGCGGAUUACGCGGCCACGAACUCCUCCAGGCGGUUCGGCACAGGGGAGGAGGGGUUCGAGACGAUCGACAAGGCGAAACCCAAGAUUUACGGUCUGGUGCAGUGCAGGCCGGAUAUGUCACCGGCCGAUUGCCGGAGCUGCCUCGCAGAUAUCAUCACGUACAUCCCCCAGUACUUCACCGGGAGGCAGGGUGGUAGGAUCCUUGGAUUACGGUGCAACUACAGGUAUGAGCAGUAUCCCUUCUUCACCGAGCCUUCUCUGCUGCAGUUCCCGGCGCCAUCCGUAGGGGCAGCUCCAUCUCCAGCGCCGGCGAACGUGACGCCACCACCAGUCGUAGGAGGUGAGCUUGGAGAAACAACUUCAGCUUAUUUGCACGAUUCAGUCUUCACACCAGAAGUAAUUCCAUAAUUGAGGGAGAAAAACAGUGAGGUUCGAUCUGCAAAGACCUAGUACGAGUAGCAUAUGCUCCCUCAAUUAUAGACUGUCAACACC